CGUGAAUGCAUCAUGUCAAACACAAGCCCUGACACAGGAGAGCACACACCUCCUCCUUCCCCGGCUGAAGCUCCGCUAUCUUUAGCUCCACGGAUUACGGUGCAUUGUAGACCGACUGUGUCCGGGCGCGACUUGUUCGGCUUAACGGCGUGUUUAGUUGGUGCUGAAGCUCCCCUUCAAAAAAAAAAAAAUACAAAAACAACAAACAACAAAGAAGAAAAGUGAUGGGGGAAUGACAACAACACCUGUCCCCGUCUACGGUUCUCCGUCAUCGAUAAGACCCUGAGGAUGCUGCUCUCCAGCCCGCGGAACGGACCUCAGCGCCGGGCCUCGCUGCUGCUCUUUGUCGUGGUGGUGGUCUGUGCCAUUCCUGUCAGCAGGAGCCUGCCAGCCCACCAUAAGUGCCCUCCCCCCUUAGACUGUGCCGAAGAGGGUCGCGAGUUCUGCAAGCCAGGCUCCAGCUACUGCGGCCCCUGCCUCCACCGAUUGGUCGAGAAUGAUGAAGGAUUUUGUGUGGCCAGGAGUCAGAACCAUCAUAAGGGAAAAGUGUCUAACUACCCUAACCUGGAUGAUGAGAUCGAUUACCUCCACAGCAUCAUUGAGAAACAGGUAGUCUCUGAGGUCAAAUCCCAAAAACAGCAGAACAGACAUCCUGCUACAGCGGCGUCCCAGACAGACGCUCAGAAAAGCAAAACAGAUGCCUCCAAACAGAAACAGAAAAACCAGGGUCAGCUCUCACACGAAAAUCAUACCACCACUGCAGCCCCCCCACCUGCAGUCUCUGCCCUCGAAACACCGACCACCCAGCCCGGGGCCACUGAAGGUGACGGCCGAGCUGGUCCGUUAGUCGAACACACAUCAAAGAACAGCAACGGCGUUUUAAUCAUCUUGAUCUCGCUGUUCGUGGCAGUGGGCGCUAUCGGAAUGAUUAUUGCAACCGUCUGUUUAGUCAAGUUAAAGAAAGAAUCGCGCCUGGCUCAGAAAGUCGACUACCCUGCUUUUAAAGGGUCGGGACCUCCUCCUGCUGCAACCAACAGUACCUCUUCGGGAGAUACGACUCUGGCCCAGAGUGCUCAAAUGUAUCACUACCAGCAUCAAAAACAGCAGAUGCUCUCAGUGGGCAAUCACAAACCUGAACAGAAAACCGUUGACACAGAGGUCACAUCAGAUGAGGAAGAAGUGGGAGGAGAUUUCACAGUAUACGAGUGCCCCGGACUUGCACCGACGGGAGAAAUGGAGGUGAAGAACCCUCUGUUUGAUGACUCCACAUUACAUUACCAGGGGAAUCAGAAGUGAAUGAUAGACACUUUAAACACACACACACACACACUCAUGCAGCCACACAUACGCCAUUUCUCUUGAAGAAACCAUUUGAUCUCACACUGCAUGCAUAGAAAUGAAGAAUAGUGAUGGAGGAUGAAGUGAUAAAAAUGAUUGUUUUCUUCUCAUCCCUUUGACUCUCUCUGCCCCGAGUACUGUUUUCAAAAGUAUAAAUCUGUGUGGAAUCCUCGUUGAUUUAUUUGUGUUGUUGAUUUGAAGCAUUCCUUUCUUUUAUUGUACAGUCUGAGAGCCCCUGUAUAGGUGUUGCGUCCUGUAAACUCAUCAUUGAGUUUUUCUCCUCCAUCUUUGUUGUUUUCCAUCAUUUUCUGCAGCUAUUUCCAAAGAAUGUGAGAAUCUCCCACACACACACACACACACACACACACACACACACACACACACAUGCACUUACAUACAAAAGUGGAAAACAGGUGCCCUCCCUUGUUUUUCCUUUGUCAUGCACCGCUUGUGGCUGAACCACAUUCUCAACAGAUUCCCAGGAAAUAUUUCUAAUCAGAUGAAAUGAUCCCCGAACACCACACAAGGUUUAGCAUUAACAAUGUUAGUGCUGGUGUUGCUAAUUUUUAUUCCUUGUCCUAUAAGCUGCUUGCAAAGAUUUUAAGAUUAUAGAUAAUUAAUAUGUAUAUAUAUACAUAUAUGAAAUGAAAUACCUGAUGAUGUCUUUUGCAUGGUUUGACUGUACUGUAUUGGAAUCAUGGCGCUGCUCUGAUGAUUAUUCUGCCUCCUGUCGCUGCAGGAGUAAUGAAAUAUUGAAUGAAAUAUUUGAAGACAAAACUGAAAUCCUGGAUACAUAGGCGGUGAACAUCACAAUAUUGUACUGUCCCUCUCUUCUCCUUGUCCCUCCCUGUGUCGCUCUGAAGUUGACCCCGAGCUGCAAAAUGUACAUAUACAAAGAGUGAAGUGUUCACUUUUUAUAGACAUUUGUACAUGCAGACCAAGGAUUGGAAUUAAAACUUUUUACCACAAGUGAAAAA